AUGUUCAGGUGUGCAGCUGCAGUGUUAGAUGCGCGGGUGUACCUGGUGGCAGGAACGUCCUGGGGCAAGGAGAUUUCCCUGGUCGAACGCUGUGAUGGAAGAGGCUGGGAAGAAGUGGAGCCUUUGUCCCUGGCACGCUCCGGCUGUGCCGCCGCCGUCACAGGGGGCCAUCUCUAUGUGGUCGGGGGCUUCGCACGCGGCGACUCGCUGCGUCUCUUUGAGCGUUUCGAUGGCAGCAAGUGGACGCAGCUCCGGCCAACCUUGACGGGUCGCUGGAGUUGUGCGGCAGUGGGCUUGCAGGGCAGCAUCUACCUUUGUGGAGGCUACAAUGGAGGCGUUCCACUGGACAGCGUGGAUCGCUACGAUCCCCGCUUCGGCUGGUGGGAGCGCGUGGCCACCCUACCAACACCUCGCAAGCGUAUCGCAGCGCUGGCGAGAGAGGACACGUUGUACAUCAUGGGAGGCUUUGAUGGCUCACAAACGACCUCCGUGAGUGAGCAACUGGUGCUUCCUUCGAAAAAAUGGAAGACAAGUGAACUGCCGGUGGCUACUGAGUGGGGUGCUGCUGUUCGCGUCCUACGAUGA